AUGUGAGUUUUAUUUAACAUCAACGUCACAAAUUGACAAUUUAAAACAAUUCUUGAUUCAACACAUUAAGGGAUUAUGGUGUUGAUAUACGAUAUUGUCUUAAAUGGAACAUAUCAGAUCACUGAUGCUGGUGGCACAGAGAAUACCUUGACGAAAUCUUUGUUUGUAAUAUUCUUCCGGAUGGGUUUCAUUAUGAUUGAGGCAGCCUGUGUUCCAGUUCACAGUGUUCUUAUGAUCCUGAUAAAAAACACAAUAGCCAUAGCAACUGCAAUUUUAGCAUCCAUAUUUAUUGGGGUUCCAGUGACUACUGCCGUGGAGUAUGUCACACAAUCUCAAUCCCAAGGACCUUGGAUGAGCACUGAUAUUCGUUUUAUUCCAGAAACAGUGCAAGGACUCCUUGGUGCACUUAUGGGUACCGGCAUAAUAAGUGCUAGUCUCUCAGGCCGUUUGCACAUAUUUGCCCUAAUAAUCUGCUGCAUAUUAUAUGCAGGGUUUUUUCAACCAAUUGUGAUGUUGGGAACUUGGAGUGGUGACGCAUUGUAUUUCGAAAUCCCUCUGGGAGACAUGUCUUACACUGUACGCGACUUCGGUGGUUUAAUCAGUAUACAUCUGCCAGCUGCAGUGAUUAGCACGAUUGGUUUAUUUUUUCUGGGAAGAAGAUUGAUAGUACUUCGAGGUCUAGACCCUUUAUCAGUUGGAUUGGAAUCUACUGGCAGAGCUGUUCUUGGAUAUACUUUUGUUAUUGUAGGUACAAUAGCGUUUGAGAUGCCCAAUAUCCUUUACAUCAAUCCCUUGUUCGAGAGCGAAUUAAUUGCCCUUAUAGCAGUGAAUAAUCUUAUAGCAAUUGGAGUGUCCCUUUUUGUUGUGUUGUUAUGUCAUGCUGUGGUGUACAAUAGGCAAAUAUUCACCUAUUGGACCUUCGUACGAACAUUGCAAAGCGCUUAUGCUGGCGUCAUAACAGUUUCAGGCGGUGUUGAUCAAUUUUCACCAUUACACACAUGCUUCAUAGCAGCCAUCUCCUCCAUUUUAUUUUUCAUCACCAUAUUUAGUCUCCACGAAUUGUCCUAUGAGGAUAACUGCAACGUUGUAGCCAUUCAUCUAGUUUGUGGUUUUUUCGGAAAUUUGUGCACAGGUAUAUUUUUCGCACAAGAUUAUGGUUGGAACAUUGGGCAUGAAACUCAUGUAUUGUACCAAUUUUUGGCUUGGCUAUUUGCAUUUAUAUCAGUAACAGUUAUAACGUUGGCAACUUUUUUCCUGCUGUCUUGUUUCAAAAUUCUUAGAGGUGAAGCUGAAGAACGCCAUCAUUCGUUGUCCGUCAACGCUAACAAGAUAUUAAAAAGGAAAUGUUACAAGAGACUGUUCGCCCUUACUAGAAGAAGACCGCGAUAUUUGGAGCCGGCUACUAUUUUGAGAAUAAUUCAGCAUAACUCGCCUUUUAAGCCCAUGGAAAGUAUCGAAGUGGAACCUUUAGUUUGAAAUUAUUUGAACUUGUUAAAAAUAAUUACUUAAAUAUAAUUAUUGUAAUAUGUUAUUUGUUCCUUAGUUACAUAUUUAUUUAAUGGUAUAACAUGGAAGUAAAAAAU